CAUCCCAGUUGAGCAAGAUGCCUGAAACCACCGUGAAAGCGCCCAAGAAGGGCUCAAAGAAAGCCGUGUCUAAGAGCGUCAGUAAGACCGGCAAGAAAAAGAGGAGGACCAGGAGGGAGAGCUACGCCAUCUACGUGUACAAGGUGCUGAAGCAGGUCCACCCCGACACCGGCAUCUCGUCCAAGGCUAUGGGCAUCAUGAACUCGUUUGUGAGCGACAUCUUUGAACGCAUCGCCGGUGAGGCCUCCCGUCUGGCUCACUACAACAAGCGCUCCACCAUCACUUCCAGGGAGAUCCAGACCGCCGUCCGCCUGCUGUUGCCCGGUGAACUGGCCAAGCACGCCGUGUCUGAGGGCACCAAGGCCGUCACCAAGUACACCAGCUCCAAGUAAACAGUCUACUGCCUUUAUAAACAAUCCAACGGCUCUUUUAAGAGCCACCCACUUUGUCUGAAGCUCAAUCCUGUGAUAUUCUUCCACCAGGCCAAUUUUGUGUAUAAACAUGCCAAAUAUGAUUUUAAAUGUCGACUUGAGUUACACACAUUUUUUUACUGGAGAAUCACAAGUAGGCUACUACAGUAAGCAGCACAUAUUCUAUAUAUCCAUCUCAAUGCAUUUGGUUUACAGACCCAAUACUAUUUUCUAUAACUUAUUGACAGAUUAUUUUGCCCAUCAACAAAACCAAAGAUAGAACUGUGUUUUGUUGUCCUUGCCUGUACAA